AUGGGGUCUACAAAUGUCAAGAUUGUCUUGGGGAGCCACUCUAUUGCAUGGGAUGUUGCAGGAGUCAACAUCAUCACAAUCCUUUCCACUGGAUCACUCAAUGAAAUGGUCAAUUCUUCGAGCAAAGUUGUCUCGCUCAUGUCGGACUUGUCAUAUACCUCAGUCAUGAUGGCAAAGAAUGUCCUGCACUCCAAAAUAGGUGGGAUUUGUUUGAAGGAGACGAACUGGAAGACCAGCUUGAGCCUGAAGAUCUACGAUCCAUGUUGGGACCCAAGUUCCAGCCUAAGGAAAACACCAUGGUCAUCGUCAACAAGUCCAGAGUUCAUCGCAUCAAGGCCAAAGACUGUGUUCACCUUCAGAGUGCUCAACAAUUUUCUAUUGGACAACCUAGAAUGCGGCACCUCUGCAAUGAACUAUUCCAGCAAGCUCCAGCGAAUGACCUCCAGCAUGUUUCCUCACCUUGUUCCAGUAAUGAUAUAUCUCCUUCAUCUAAAAGACAUUAUAUUGACAAGACACUUGUGGAGGCAGUUGAAGACCAUGAAAUUGCAUGGCUUUGGCCAUCAUUCCAAUGCCCUGAAUGCUGGUGAUCUCGCAUUGUUUUGCCCGACAUGUCCUCAGCCUGGGAUCAACAUAUCAUUGUCAGGGAAUGAAACACUUGAUGACUGCAAAUAUACCCGGUCAUUUGUGAUGGACAGUAAUUUCAAAGCUGAACACUUGCAUCCCAUCAAGCCAUUUGAUGAAGUAUGGCUUGCCGAUGGGCUGGGGUUCAUGGUGGGAAAGGACAGGUAUAAAGCACAUCUUGCAGAGGCUGCUGACACUUUGGAAAAAUUGAGCUGCAACAAUCACCGGGCAGUGAAUCAAGCAAAUGUGGCUCAGCACAAGCUGGAGUCAAUGGGUAUCGGGGGGGGGUUGCUUGUGCCCGCCAUGGCUGCCCAGCACAACAUCGAAGGCAUUACCAGGGCUGUCACCUUUUAUGACAUCAACUGUCAAUACAACAAGCACCUUCAUCUUCAGGUGGAUCAAAGCCAAUUUCUUGAAAUGGUACCGGAAUUGACCAUCAUUCCUGGCAUUGGUUUGUGGCAUGUGCAUGGACAUCAAGACAGCUGCUAUGUCCGAUAUGUGUCGAAUUUCAUUGAAGGGAUUGGCUGGAUACAUGGAGAGAUCAUGGAGACUCUCUGGGCACGUCUCAACCUAAUUUCCCCUGCUGCUUGGGGAAUGACCCUUUGCCAUAAAUACAAGCAGGCGAAAAAUUGCAUCGCCGAAAGUGAAAAGGCUUUUGACAGACUCGAUGAAGCAGCACCCACCAAUUUGAAGACAGAAUGGUUAGCCAAUGAGAGGAUCGCUCAAUCUGGGAGAAUAAAUGAUCCCACGGUGAUGGAUGUUUAUGAGAUAAAUAUCAAGAAGGCACUGAGCAAAAAGGAGAUUGAACUUAGACUGCUAGAGCAGGGUAAUGCCCAUAAUGCAGCACCAUCUCAGAGAUCUGUGGCAACAUGGAUAUCAAUGGGGUUGGCAAUCAAGGAGGCUCAAAUUGCAUUGCUCAUUGAGGUCUGA